UGAUGGGACUACGAACGAUAACAAAUAAUCGAAUAGCUGCAAUAAUUGAAAAACAAAACAAGAACUAGAACCAGCCUAUAAGCCCUUAUCGCAUAACGAAGGCCCAGUUCGCAUUGAAGUAAAUUAAAAUUGCAAUCACAUACAUAUAGACACGCACACGCAAUACAAACAAAUACAUACAGAAAUUCGUAAGAUAUGGAAAUGUCCACGUAGCGUAGGAUAUGUGUGGCAUAUGUUAUUAGCUCCUCUCUAGCCAACAACAACAAUAAUAACAACAUCAACAACAACCAUAUAGCAACAACAAUAACAAUUAAUGUGGGAAGGCGAAACGAAGAGCCGCAAUCUCGAGCCGUGUACCCCAGCUGCCCACCCGCUCCGCCCCGCACUACUACAACUAAGUGCGUGAGAUGAUGUGUAGCUGUAAGCCAGCAGCAGGAGCAAAGCCAAAGCUGUGACUAUGCAACAACAGGAUAACAUCAACAACAACAACAACAACAAGAACAGUAGAGGCAAAACAAAAAAAAGAUACAUUCGUGGCACACUUCAAAAUUUAACUUCUGGAUAACUAACUAAGCUAAAAACGCAACAAUUUUGACCAAAAGGCCGUGAAUGAGCGUGUGGAGCGGCAGUGAGCAGUUAUCCUUAUUGAAAUUGAAUUGAAAGGGAUUACAAAUUCGGACUGGGUGGAAGGAGAGGCUGGGUCAGAGGCAGUGGCAGAGGCAGCACCAAUUUUUGGGCAAUGUUGCUGGUGCGUCAACUGUUUGGCUCAUCGGCAAACUCAUGGGCGCGAGCUCUUAUCAUCUUUGUGCUGGCCUGGGUGGUGCUCGUCUAUGUGUUUGUUACCAAAUUGACAAAUUCUCAAAAUCAAUUGGCCACCAGUGAGAAUGAGAUAAAUGCUCGUCGGAUAAAUCAUGCUCUGCAAUUGCUGGAGCAUACCAAGCAACGGAAUGAGGAACUCAAACAGUUGAUAGACGAGUUAAUGAGCGAACAGCUUGACAAACAAAGCGCCCUGAAAUUGGUACAAAGACUGCAAGAGAAUGAUGCACAAAAUCCAAAGCUUAAUCCUGGUGAGGGGGAACCAUUCGGCAUAAAUGCGGCCCCGGCGGUUAACCACAAUUGGGAUGACCUUCAAUUAAUGGAAGUUGGCGGCGGUGGUGGCGGAUCACGAGGGAUUGCCAGUGAAGCUAAUGUGGGCUCAGCAUCUGGUGGUGAUGGUAAUAGCAUUCCCGGUGCCAAUGCCGCUGCUGGCAUUGAGCCCACAUUGGAAUACGAGUUCACUCGUCGUCGCAUUCAAACGAAUAUUGCCGAAAUUUGGAAUUAUUUUAGCAGCGAGUUGGGUAAAAUACGUAAACAGGUGUCCCAAGGCAGCGGUGCUGCCAAUGGUAAUGCCGAUUUAGAAGAGCAAAUCAACCAGGUGCUGGUGCAGGGUGCCGAGCACAAACGCUCACUACUAAGUGAUAUGGAUCGAUUACGGCAAACGGAUGGCUAUGAGGCAUGGCGCCACAAGGAGGCCAAAGAGCUAAGCGAUCUGGUGCAACGUAGAUUGAAUUAUCUGCAAAAUCCCAGUGAUUGCCAGAAUGCUAGGAAAUUGGUGUGCAAGCUAAACAAGGGCUGUGGCUAUGGCUGUCAGCUGCAUCAUGUGGUCUACUGCUUCAUUGUGGCCUAUGCUACCGAGAGGACUUUGAUUUUGAAAUCUCGCGGUUGGCGCUAUCACAAAGGCGGCUGGGAGGAGGUUUUUCUACCAGUCUCGAAUACCUGUCAUGAUGCCGGCUCCACCAAUGCCUACAAUUGGCCCGGCAAGCCGAAUACCCAAGUCCUGGUAUUGCCCAUUAUUGAUUCGUUGAUGCCACGUCCGCCUUAUCUUCCACUGGCCGUGCCUGAAGAUUUGGCACCGCGUCUAAAGCGUCUACAUGGGGAUCCCAUUGUCUGGUGGGUUGGGCAAUUUCUAAAAUAUUUAUUGAGGCCGCAGACACCGACACGGGACUUUCUUACGACUGGUAUGCGUAAUCUUGGCUGGGAGCAUCCGAUAGUUGGGGUACAUGUGCGACGCACGGACAAGGUCGGUACCGAGGCCGCAUUCCAUAGCAUCGAGGAGUAUAUGACGCAUGUGGAGGACUAUUAUCGCACAUUGGAGAUCAAUGGGACUGCUGUAGUGCGGCGCAUCUUUCUGGCCUCGGAUGACGCCCGUGUGAUUGAGGAGGCACGCAAAAAGUAUCCACAAUAUCAAAUCGUUGGCGAUGCCGAAGUAGCGCGCAUGGCAGCCGUAUCCACUCGAUAUACUGAUACCGCUCUAAACGGUAUCAUUCUUGACAUUCAUUUGCUCUCGCUGUCGGACUAUCUGGUCUGCACAUUCUCAUCGCAAGUAUGCCGCGUUGCGUAUGAGAUUAUGCAAACCAUGUAUCCGGAUGCCUCGCAUCGUUUUAAAUCGCUCGAUGACAUCUACUAUUAUGGCGGCCAGAAUGCGCACAAUCGUCGCGUGGUUAUUGCCCACAAGCCGCGCACCCAUGAGGAUCUUCAACUGAAGGUGGGCGAUCUUGUCUCUGUGGCCGGCAAUCAUUGGGAUGGCAAUUCCAAGGGCAAGAACACCCGCACCAAUCUGGGUGGCUUGUUCCCAUCAUUUAAGGUGGAAGAGAAGGUCGACACUGCCAAAUUGCCGCUGUAUAAUGAAAUCUAAAAUCUACAAAAUUUCGAAUCACAUUCGAUACAAAUUUUUCAAUUGCAUCUCUUUUAUAAUGUAUGGCGCAUGUCUAUGUAGGUCCACAUAAUAUGGCAUACAUUAUCUUUUGUCACUUGUCGAACAAACAAUAACGAAUCUCCAUAUCUUUAAGCCAAUCGAUAUUACAAAUCUCUCGGAAACACACUGACUUCUUUCUCUCUCAUCAACGUUCCUGUUGGAUUCAAUUGUUGCACUCCUAAGAAUUCUAAUUUUGAUACUGAUUCUGUUGUUUGCAUUUUAUACAACUCUUUUAAUUUUAAUAUUUAAGUGGAAAGCCGAAGAAAUUAUGUUGUCAAAAGGAAAAUAUAUAACUACAUAUAUAUAUAUAUAAAUUAAACAUAGUAAUGCAAUUAUGUAGUAGGUUCAAUAAGCGCAAUAUAGUUUAUCCUCUGUAAAAUAGACACAAAGAAAAAGCCUACACAUAAAUCAAAUUAAUUUUGAUCAAUCAAUAGAGAAAGUAAUAAUAAUUAAAUAGAAAUGUUUUAAAAAAAA